AUGUCCCCCUCCGCCACCGUCGUCGACUCCUCCUCCGCAACGAACCAGGCCGUCGGCGCCCUGGGCAAGACCACCUCGGGCAAGAAGCUCAACAUCCGAUCGUACCCCAAGUUCGACUCGCUGGAAGAGGAGCGGCUGUACCGGAAGCAACAUCUUGCCGCGGCGUUUCGCAUCUUCGCGGACAGGGGGUUCGACGAGGGCGUUGCGGGGCAUAUUUCCGUGCGGGAUCCGAUUCUGACGGAUCAUUUUUGGCUUAACCCCCUCUCGAAACACUUCGCUACUAUCUGCGUGUCGGACCUUGUGCUCGUCAAUGAAGAUGGUGAGGUGGUGAUUGGCGACGAGCCGAUCAAUGCUGCUGCGUUUGCGAUUCACUCGGAGAUCCACAAAGCCAGACCAGACGUCAUCGCCGCCUGCCACGCGCACAGCGUCGCCGGCAAGGCGUUCUCCGUCUUCGGCAAGCCGCUCGACAUGAUGACGCAGGACGCGCUGCGGUUCUACAAGAGCCAUGCCGUGUACGACCGGUUCGGCGGGGUGGUCCUCGACCGCGAGGAGGGGAAGAGGAUUGCGAAAGCGUUGGGGAAUGGCAAGGCGGUCAUAUUGCAGAAUCAUGGGUUGCUGACGGUCGGCCAAUCCGUCGACGAAGCCGCCUUCUGGUUCAUCAGCCUGGACAAGUCGUGCAUGGCGCAGCUGCUCGCCGACGCAGCGGCGGCCGGAUCGGGAAACAAGAAGAUCCUGAUCAGCGACGAGGAGGCUGCGUACUCGUACGAGCAGGUUGGGACGCCCGCGAAAGGCUGGCUUGCUUUCCAGGGGUAUUAUGAUGAGAUUCUGCAGAGGACGAAUGGGAGUUUCUUGAAGUGA